UUUUGCCCUCACUUGCGUACAGCUGAAGGAAGGUUGUUAUUCACGGCAUGUCAUCACGAGGCGCACACCGUCAAAAAGUGGCCAUCAUCGGCUCUGGAAUGGCAGGCCUUGUUACUGCGUACCUACUAAGAACCGAUCCUUCUAGCCGAUUUGAAGUGGAAAUAUUUGAAACGGACGAAUUGUCCCUCGACUCUGCUUCGCUUACAAUUCCGUCCGAUCAUUGCAAAGAUUCAGUACCGGAUCGAGUGGACCUUCCCAUGCGUGCCUUUGCAGAUGGCUAUUACAAGAAUCUCAAGCGAAUGUAUGACUAUUUUGGAAUCCAAUAUGCCUCGCCUCGUUUUAUAUAUACGCUGUCUUCUCUACCUCGAAUCGCGAGCGACAAGAUACGCCCUUACUUCAUUCAUUCCUCCAACAACCACCAACUGCCGCCAGCCAAACCCGAAAACAAUUCAUGGGGAUCGUGGCUUGUCGAACUAGUCUACCUUAUGUUCUGCUACUACUGGUUCACUGCCUGUUGUUUUUGGAUCAGACCGAAGAUAACUGUCGAGUCAAGUGUGGACGAAUCGUUUCGUCAGUACCUAGAGAGGAUUGGUUUGCCACAGUACUAUAUCAAGUACUAUCUGUUACCAUUGAUAUCGAGUGUCACAACAUGCUCGCAUGAUGCAUUAUUGGAAUUUCCCGCUAUCGAUCUUGUCGAAUACGAAAAAAGGACUUUCCGUCAACCCCACUACACUAUUGAGGGUGGCGUCCACAAGAUUCAAACCAAGCUUUCUAAGGGCUUGAAAGUGAGGUUUCGUUCCACAGUUACAGCAGUUCAGAAUGCUGGAGGAAAGGUCAAGGUAACAAUGAGGAACGAACACACAGGUUUUCUGGAUUCCGCAUUGUUUGAUCACGUCAUCAUGGCUGUCACACCUGACGUUGUUGGCUCAAUAUUUCCGCCCCUUGAAAGUGUCAUGGCCGCAGUCCCUACCACGCGGGUACUCUCGGUUGUGCACCACGACUAUACCAGAUUCUCUACUUGUCGUCAAUAUGUGAGAGGGCGAAUACCUUUUGAUCACAGGGGUAGGGCUUCUCAGCCCAUUCACAUGUGCUCAAACGCCUACGCGACAGAGUCAACACACGAGCAUCCAUGUUCGGUUCUUAUUACCACAUCGCCCAUUAUAUCCGUACGCCCUACACAUAUUUUACAUUCUGUCACGUUCACUCGGGUUCUACGGACUCCCACAAGCAGACAAUUGCUGAACCGGGUUUUCGGUGCGAAUGAACUAGAGUGUCGCGAUGAUAAUUUGAAAGGCUGUUGGCGAAAUGGAGAUGGCAAUGUUUGGCUUGUUGGAGGUUGGUGUUGGGAUGGAAUGGUCAUGCUCGAGGGAUGUGUUGCUUCAGCCAUACGUGUGGCUGACAGCUUAGGGGUUGAAGUGCCCUGGCUAUUAGGCUAUAGCUACGACCAGUGCUGCAAUGCUAGAUGAUGUCGUCGGUCUGGUUAUGGUCCAAGUUAUUUCAAAUCCUGGCGGGAGUGCUUCAUCUUUUGAUGCGCUGACAGUAACAGACCGAGACCUGAAAAAUUAUGGUAAAGAUACGAUCCUGGAGAAUGUUACACCUGAACAAAACACGAAGUCGUGAGACCGAAGCGUGAUUCAGAACAGUAACUUUUGCAAUGAUUUAUUUUCCUCAUUCUGGGACAGCGGGUUGAUCCAAACCUUGACGGCAAAGCACGAUGAGCUGCGAUCAAGGAGCCAAGAGAGGAAAGAUAGCGGAGUAACGGAUGUCCAGCAAAUUCGGGCAUGGGGAAUGUAAUAUUUAGGAACUGAUUUGUGGCAAGUAGAGAUGACCAAGUAGUUACUCGAGAAAGAGCAACGCCGUACAGCUGUUGCAAUUUGUAUAUUAUAUCAACGUUGCGUUUUAAUUCAUGCCCACGAUGGUUGCAAC